CCUACUUGUUGGACACGCAUGUGGGUGGAAUUGUCCGGACACUUCAGCGCGGGUCCGGAAAGUAUAAAAUGGCGGAGUCCGACAACACACACUCUUGUCUAGUUUCGUUAUUUUACAACGCUCCCCGCAUUGAUUGAAUUGUUAUCACCGAGACCCUUCACGAGGAGGAUCAAAUAGACAAAAAUGGACUAUAAUGCGCUCUUCAGAGUCGAUGGCAUGGUGGCCGUCAUCACCGGUGGAGGCACUGGCAUCGGCCUCAUCAUGGCUAAGGCUCUCGCCACCCAUGGCGCCGCGAAGGUGUACAUCCUGGGACGGCGUCUCAAUGUGCUCGAAGACGCCGCCAAGGGUCAUCCCAACAUAAUCCCGCACAAGUGCGAUGUCACCUCGAAGGAAGACCUCCAGGCGGCUGUCGACCGCGUCACCAAGGAGGUCGGAUACGUCAAUCUCGUCGUCGCCAACUCCGGCGUCGUCGGGCCCUCGGUCCGCUACAAUCCGUCCCUUUCAGUCUCGGAGCUGCGCAAGGUUCUCUUCACCGACUUUUCCAUGGGAGACAUGACCGAGGUCUUGAAUGUCAACGUCACUGCCGCCUUCUUCACCAUGUCGGCUUUCCUCGAGCUGCUCGAUGCCGGGAACAAGAACGCGCUCAAGGGCGGCUUUGGCAAGCCCGACAAGGAGGGAAGCGAUGUAGUAGCCAUCCAGAGCCAGGUCGUCUUCACCAGCAGCAUUUCCGCCUACAGCCGACACUACGCUUCCUCGCCUCCGUACAUGGCAAGCAAAGUCGCAAUCAUGCACAUCACAAAGCACGCCAGUAGCCAGCUAGGCAGACUUGGCAUCCGUGCCAACGGCCUGGCCCCGGGAUUGUUUCCUUCGGACAUAGCAGCGGGAAUGAUUGGUGACCGCAAGCCUGAGAACGAGGCGACUGAUGACGAGAGGUUCAUUCCUGCCCGAAGAUUUGGCGGGGACGAGGAAAUGGCCGGGACUAUCUUGUACCUUGCGGGUCGCUCUGGAAGCUACUGCAAUGGUUCCAUCAUGGUUACAGAUGGCGGUCGGUUGAGCCUCAUGCCCGCCACAUACUAGAUAUCAAAAUGGGCCUAGAACAACGGGUUUCUAUCCAUAGAAAUGGGCCAAGGACUAGAAAUUAGAAGAAUAGGACUUCUAUGGACUUCCCCGUGCUGGGCCAGCUGAAUCAUUCUACGUAGCACGGAGCCAGACAAAGUUAAAACGACCGGACAUAGCACGCAGAUGAAUUGGAUUUGGAUAUGGUUAUUGCACAGAGCUGUGUGCAAGUCCACACAGGCUACUAGCUGUUCGUGAACAUGACGAGUACUUGAAACCAUAUCUAAUGUUAUACGAAGCAGAUGCAAUGAC